CAUGUUGUUUGCUGCACAAAGAUGAUCCUGUUGUCAAAAAUGUGAAAUUUCUAGCUGUUUUGAUUGUUUUAGUGCCAUCGUUACUAAUUAUUUAUUGAAUCAUGCCWCCAACAAUCCAGGGUAAUGACCAAAAACAGGAUCGGCAUGGAAGUACACGUUCAAAAUCAGACUUUGUAUGUCGUGUUAAGUAUAACAACAGUCUUCCUGACAUCCCAUUUGAUGCUAAAUUUAUUACUUAUCCCUUUGAGGGAAGCAGAUUUGUGCAAUACAAACCAACAUCACUGGAAAAAAACUACAAACAUGAAUUACUGACAGAUGUUGACCUUGGGGUGAAUAUCGACCUUAUUGACCCCAACAUGUAUGCGUUUGAUCCAAAUGCCACUCUGGAUCCUGCUGACGAAAAACUCUUAGAAGAAGACUCUGUUGUAAUGCCAGAUCAAAAGAGAACUCGACACCAUAACAAAAAUGUUUCUUGGCUUCGUAAGACGGAGUAUAUUUCCACAGAAUACAACAGAGCCUUGACAAGCAAUGAAAUGGCUGAGACAAAAGUUGGAUAUCAUAUUAGAAAGAAAUUUAAAGGAUCAGAUUUAUAUAAAGAUCGUGAAAGUCAACUUGCUGCUAUUGAAAAYACUUUUGAUGCUGCUAAGAAACCUAUACAUCGUCAUCCAAGCAAGUCUAACAUCACCCCWGUAGAAAUUCUUCCUGUCUUCCCUGACUUUCAAAUGUGGUCCUAUGCUUGUGCUCAUGUKGUGUUUGAUUCUGAUCCAACUCCUCGUGACCAGAAAGGACCUGCACAGAUUGACGAAAUGAGCCAGGCUAUGAUCAGAGGUAUGGUUGACGCAAGCGGUGAUCAGUUUGUUGCAUAUUUUCUUCCUUCUAAUGAAACACUUGGGAAAAGAAAACGUGAUCAAGAAACUGCAACAGAUUACAUGGAUGAGGAAGAGUAUGAGUACAAGAUGGCYAGAGAGUAUAAUUGGAAUGUAAAGAACAAAUCUACCAAAGGAUAUGAGGAAAACUAUUUCUUUGUUUUCCGYGAAGGAGAAGGAGUAUUUUAUAAUGAGUUAGUCACAAGAGUUCGUUUAAGUAAAAGAAGGGCCCGCGGUGGUAUUGGUGGAGUGAGGUCAGCKGUUUCUAAACUCGUAGUCAAGCACAGGGAACUUAACGAUAAUGAGAAGAAAGAACAGCGCAUGCGUUUCACUCAACUCGAGCCUGGUAUGUUGGAGGAGGAGGAAGAAGGCGAGGAAGACGAUGAUGAUGAGUUUGGUGGUGAUGAUGAAUCAUCAGAGAAUGCUCAAGAUCAG